AUGACGAGCACUGUUGCUCGUGAACUUCACAAGGAGGAGAGGACAGAACUAGAAGCUCCUGCAAUUCCUAUCACUACGGCAAGCGGCACGGAUGUAACCAGUGUGCAUUUGGCAGCCCCUGCGCAUACUCGGUUGGGUCUUGAUGGUCCUGGGCUCAGCGAUGAUGCUAGCGUUCUUCCUGUUCCAUCUCAUGUUGUCCUGCACCACUUGAGCACCAGUGCAAUUCGCAAUGGUGUUUUGGCCGUGGGUAAUACCACACGAUAUCGCACGAAGUAUCUCACGACCAUCUAUUAUAAACCUACAUGA